GUGAUGUACCUGCUGCUGCACGCGGUGAAGGGCACCCCCUUUGAGACCCCGGACCAGGGCAAGGAUCGCCUCCUCACGCACUGGGAGCAGAUCGACUACGGGACGCAGUGCACUGCGUCGCGCAAGUUCCUCAGCGUCUCCCCAGUGGUGCUGUACCUCCUCACCAGCUUCUACACCAAGUACGACCCCGCGCACUUCAUCAUCAACACGGCCUCCCUGCUCAGCGUCCUUCUGCCCAAGCUGCCCCAGUUCCACGGCGUGCGGGUCUUUGGCAUCAACAAGUACUGA